CGGGUUUUGAAAACAGCGUCUAAUAUUGGAAAAAGCUCCAAAAGCGCUCCCCCAGAAGCCUUCUCUCUCUCUCUCUUUUUCUCUCGUGUUCUCGGUCGUACGGCAAGAAUCUCGUCCGUCGUCGUUCUCUCGCUUCUCCUUCUCUCAGGCCAGGGAGGAUGUUCUUGAGUUAUCAAAGAUGAGUUCUUACGGCCGUUUCGGCGGCGAUUCUGGGAGUUCUUUUCCCGAUGUCGGAGUCGAAGCCGGGCGCUGCAAUGGAUGCGAGAGUGGUGGUGCUCUCGGGUCCCACGGCGGGGCGCCUGUGUCACGGUUGUGCGUGGGGGAACCUUGCCUUCUGUUAAUUGACGGUAGUGGUGGGGCGGAUGGGUUCGGUUCCAAUGUCGAUUGUGAGAAUGAUGUGGGACCCUCGGUGGUCGAGGGGAAUAGGUGUGGGGUUUUCUGUGUCGGGAUUGAUGCAGAGAAUGGGUUAGCUGAUUCUUUCCAAUGUAAUGGAUGCGAGAAUGUGUCUGAAAUAUCUUGCCCUGCUACGAGCAGUAAUGGGGAUGCCGGGGAUGGUCCAGUUGGGCUUGGCUUGAGUGCUGCUUGUGAGCAUGAUGGUGAGCCCUUGGUUAUUGGGAGAAAUGGGACGGGGGAUGGGUUUGGGAUUGGCAACCGGCUUUGCUCUAACCAGAUCAAAGUGGAGAACCGGAUGUGCGAUUUGGUUCAACGUAAUGGGUUUGAGAACAUCUUGCUGAUAAACAGUAAUAAUGAGACAAAGGAUGGUCUGAAUGAGGUUCACUUGGGUGCUGCUUCUGAUGAUGAUGUGGAACCGUCAAUUGGUAGGAGCAACACACAGGAUGGAUGCGGGGUCAGCAGUCUUUGUUCUAAUGAGAGUGAUGUAGAGAACAGGUUGCACACUUCACUUCAACAUAAUGACUGUGGGCAUGUCUUGGAAACAGCUUGCCCCUUGACAGAUGGUAUUGGAGAGAAUGGACAAGAUGGACUUCACUUCAAUGUUGCUUCUGUUGAUGAUGCAGAACCAUCGGUUGUUAGGAGGAAUGGGUUAGAAGAUAGAUGUGUGGUAGGCAGGCUUCACUUUAAUGAGAAUGAUAUGGAGAACCGUUUGUGCAGCUUGGUUCAAUGCAAUGGAUGUGUGGAUGUAUUGGAAACAGGUUGCCCCUUGAUCAGCGAUAAUGGAGAGGAUAGACAAGAUGGGCUUUGCUCCAAUGCUGCUUCAUUGAGCAAUGCAGAGCCGUCAGUUGUUGGGAGAAAUGGGGUACAAGAUGGACGUGGGGUCAGCGGGGUCUUUCGUAAUGAGAGUGAUACGAAUAACUGUUUGUGCAGCCCGGUUCAAUGUGAUGGAUGUGAGGAUGUCUCAGCAAUGGCUUGCCCCUUGAUAAAUAGUGGUGGAGAUUCCGUGGAUGGACGGAGUGGCUUACACUUCAAUCUUGCUUCCAAGAGUGAUGGGAAAUCAUCAACUACUGGGAGGAACAGGACAGGGAAGGGGCAUGGGUUCAGUGUGCUUUGUUCUCACGAAAUUGACAUGGACAACCGGUUAUGCAACUUGCAUCAGUGGGACAGGUGUGAGAAUGUCUUAGUAACUGCUUGCCCCUUGAUAAACAGAAAUGGAGAUUCUGAGGAUGUGCCUGAUGUGUUUUGUUGCAAUGUUUCUUCUGAGAAUGAUGCAGAACCAUUGAGUAUUGUGAAUGAGGCAGAUGAUGCAUAUGGGGCUAGUGAGCUCUGUUCUAACCAGAGCAACCUGGAGUACCGAUUAUGCACUUCACUUCAAGGUAAUGGACGUGGGAAUAUAUUGGAAACAUCUUGCCCUUUGAUAGACAGUAACAGGGAUGCUGUGGAUGGUCUGAAUGAGAUUGGCUUCACUGUUUCUGAAAAUGAAAGCGAGCAGUCAAUUACUGUGAUGAAUGGGAUGGAGGUCAGACGUAGGUUUAGCAGGCUUCACUCUAAUGAGAGCAACACAGAUAAGGAGAUGUGCCGUUCGCCUCAAUGUAACAGAUGUGAGGAUGUCCCAGAAAUGACUGGCUCUUUAAACAGUAAUGUAGACACUUUGGAUGGUCCUCCAGCUGGGCCUCACGUCAAGGUUGCUGCUGAUAAUGAUGCUGAACCAUUGAUUAUUGGGAAGGGUGGGGCAGAGGCGGGCUGUGGGGUUAGCAUGGUAUGUUCUAAUGGCAGUAAUAUAGUGAAUCGGUUAUGUAGUUUGGGGAGCACGCAAGAGGGACCGUAUGCAGAAAAAGUUGGGCCAGCGAACAACAUAUUGGAAGGCUCACCUUGCAAUCAAGAAAUGUGCUUAUCAUCCUUGGUCCAACAGAAUAAGCAGAAGGGAACCUAUGUUUUUGUCCCCUUGGAGGAAACAGUUACUGGUUUUAAGGGGGUUGAGCAAGAGAGACCCCAUGGUGAGCCCUUUCAUAAAAAAGAGAGACCCCAUGGUGAGGCAAGUAUGUCGACUGGGCUGACAACACAAACAUCAUGUACAGAGAAAAACCCAUGUGAUUUAGAAGGGUCACCAUACGUAGUUUCUCACCGUGCAAUGGAAGAAACACACUCUAAAUGCUUGCCGGUUCUUGACCAUGCAGAAAGGGAUGCCGGUAGUAUAGUUGAUUCAUCUGGACAUGCAGAUAACGAAGCAAAGGUUGGUGCUAAACUUGACCGAGUUUCGAGGAAUACCGGCGGUAGCAAAUUGAAUAGGCUGUCAAGAACAAGAAAGGCUGCAAGGCAAUGCCAGCAGACAGCUGAUACAAUUGGGGUCUUCUUGAACAAUGCAAGAAGAAAAAGAAGUUAUUCCAGCAAACGGGCGCCUUCUUCAGUCUGGGGAGCUAUGGGAAAUAUUGUACAACUAUUCAAGCAGAAUGAUGAGAUUCUGAAGUUUGAUUCUCAGUUAACUAAAAUUCACAACCGAGGGUCAAAAAAAGGGAGGGGUGUUUCAGGGCGGAGAAAGCGGCAGAAGACUCGUAAUAGCAGAAGUUCAAGGGUAUCACAAGCAAAAGGUCAUUCUUCAACUAACUGGGUCUGUAUAAAGGUUGAGGUGGCGGAAGAAGGGGGUCAAGGAAGUCUGGAAGCUAUGCAUCCUGAGGUUGUAGAUUCUUCAGCGUCUGUACAAACUGUUAAUGGUUGCUCACCUGAAUCAGAUUGCUGUGUCGGUUCUGAGACUCUGAAAACUGCUAGUGAAGCGGAAUGUAAGAUGGAAGGAGAUGGUUGUGGUGCCCAACAGUUCCCAUGUAUUGAUCAGAAUCUGAAAAAGCUGGAAGCACCUGAUAUUUCCACACGGGAUGCCCAGCUCGGUGAUAAAGACAUGGAGAGCACUUUGACACAAGAGACAUCAAUCGAAAAUGCUUCAGGUGAUUACCCUGGGGUGUCUUCUCGAGUAGGGAUUGAAACCUCCAUUCAAGCUGUUGAGAACGUGCAUUCAGAUCCAGGAACAUCACCUGUUAUGGACAUGCUCCAUGGAACUCCAGUUGUUGGCAUCAAUACGAGCGAGGGUGCUGUUUAUACACGCAGAAAGGCCUUGUCAGAUGGUAGGAGAAAGGCCCGAAAUGGUUUUAUUGUGGAAUCCCGAGUUCAAGAAGCCUUGCAUGAUGCUGUUUUGAAUACUCCUGAAACUUCUGUUGCUCCUGUCGAUGCCAAAGCUUCAAAUAGGAAGCACACUAGCAAAAAGAAAGGGAAGGCAAAUGGUAAAGUUAAAGGAGGCCAAAAUCAGUUAGCAGAAUGCUUUUCUGUUGAAGAAAAAUUGCUUGCGCCAGCAAACUUGAACAAGGCAAUGAAAUCAACAAAACGAAGACCCACGCGGAAAGUGGCAGACAACUUUGACCCCAUGGAUAAUUUCAACACAACAACCAGCGGAAAUGCUUCCUCCAAAGCUUCAGGCAGUGGGGUAUUCAUCAUGAAAUCACUGGUGUCAGAUGCGGCUGAAGUAGAAUCCUGCCAAGGAACUAUGAAAAUCGAAUCUGGUAUGGGAAUCAAUGCAUCCUCUGGGAAGGAUGUCAGGAUUUCGCAGUCAGAACCAUGCAUGUCAGAGGGCUUGCUAUCUGCUGGUAAAAUUAAAGAUCGCAAGCUUCCCAAAAGGUCCAUUGUUGGAUCCAGCAAACACAAAUCACGUGCCACUGAUUCAGCAAAGCGUGGGAGAGGAAAUGCUAGUGGAGGGAAGAAGGGUAGCAAGAGCAAGGACAGGGAUAUUGGACUUUCUGGCCAGGUUGUGUACGCGGAGGAAAGACAUGCCCUUGGUGCCGUUGCUGUAACAGGAGAAAUUCAUGUGGAAGGAAAUGACAUAUUCUGGGAUCUGGGAAGGAACAACAAUAGCAGCACAGUUGCUUCUGAGGGCAUAUUUAGCUCUGCCAUGUUACCCACAGGCGAUGAUCAUGCAUUAAAGAAACCCUCUGAUGGCUUGGAGGUGCAGUGCUUGCAACCACGGGUUGCAUGGGUGCGUUGUGAUGAUUGCUUUAAGUGGCGAUGUAUAUCAGCCGCACUUGCAGAUGAAAUAGAGGAAACAAACCGCAAAUGGACUUGUAAGGACAACACGGAUAAGGGAUUUGCUGACUGCUUGAUACCUCAAGAAAAGUCAAAUGCAGAGAUUAAUGCGGAGUUGGAAAUAUCAGAUGCGUCUUGUGAGGAAGAUUCCUGCAGUGCGCGUCCAAGUUCUAAAGGAUUUGAACGGAGGCAGUUAGCAGCUUCGCAGCAGGCAUCUUGGAUGCUUAUCAAGCACAAUCUGUUUCUGCACCGUAGUUGCAAAACCCAGACUAUUGAUGAGGUAAUGGUUUGCCACUGCAAACCACCUUUAGAUGGCAGUUUGGGUUGUCGAGAUGAAUGCCUAAACCGAAUGCUUAACAUAGAAUGUGUUCAAGGGACCUGCCCAUGUGGGGACCUUUGUUCAAAUCAGCAGUUCCAGAAACGCAAGUAUGCCAGAUUUAAGUGGUUCCGCUGUGGAAAGAAAGGAUAUGGGCUCCAGUUGCAGGAAAAUGUUUCUCAGGGGAAAUUUCUUAUUGAAUAUGUUGGGGAGGUGCUUGAUUUGCAUAGUUAUGAAGCUCGACAGAGGGAUUACGCUGCUAGAGGUCAAAAACAUUUCUACUUCAUGACAUUGAAUGGAAGUGAGGUAAUUGAUGCAUGCGCUAAAGGAAACUUGGGGCGUUUUAUCAAUCAUAGUUGUGACCCGAAUUGCCGAACAGAAAAGUGGAUGGUGAAUGGAGAAGUGUGUAUUGGACUCUUUGCAAUAAGAGAUAUUAAGAAGGGUGAAGAGGUAACAUUUGAUUACAACUAUGUAAGGGUAUUUGGAGCUGCAGCAAAAAAAUGUGUCUGCGGUUCUUCUGAAUGCCGAGGCUAUAUUGGUGGGGAUCCACAGAAUACUGAAGUCAUUGUCCAAGGUGAUUCAGAUGAUGAAUAUCCUGAACCUGUAAUGGUCCAUGAGGAUGGUGAAAGUGAUCAUAUUAUCGAUGAAAUAAUUCCUAAUACAAGUUCGCUAGACGUUGAAGAAGUAGGUAUGAUAGAUGCAAUGAGUAAAUCCUCACCUACUGUUCAGUUCCUAGAGGAUUCUUCACAAAUACAGGACAAUAUGAGCAAAUCCUCGACUAACGCUCAACAGUUAGAGGCUUUAGAAAUGGAAGAUACUAUAAGAAAAUCAUCUCCUGUUCAACAAUUUGGCGAUUCUUUACAAGAGGGAGACAGUACGAGCAAAUCAUCACCUGCUGCUCUGCAGUCUGAGAUUUCCUUCGAAAGUGAAGACACUAUGAGCAAAUCCUUUUCUGCUGUCCAACCAUUUGAGAUUUCUUCAGUAACUGCAAAUGCUGCAAGCAAAUCCUUGCCCAGUUCUAUUGGAGAUAAAAGCAAGUCUGCAGCUGGCACAGUUGAAGAGAAGCCAGAUCCAAAGUGUCCUAUUAUAAAAUCAUCUCGUUCAUCACACACAAUAAAGAAGGGUAAGUGUAGUGCUCAUCAGGUGAUACCAAACAAGCCUAAAAGACUAGUCGUUGGCACAGGCCGUGGUCAUUUUGAAGGAGUUGAACAAAAACUCAAUGAGUUGCUAGAUGCUGAUGGGGGAAUAAGCAAACGGAAAGAUUCUACGAAAGGAUACUUGAAGCUUUUGCUUGUCACUGCAGCAUCGGGAGAUCAUGUCCACACUGAAGCAUUUCAGAGUACACGGGAUCUCUCAUUGGUUCUUGAUGCACUGCUUAAAACAAAAUCACGGAUGGUUUUGGUUGAUAUAAUGAACAAAAAUGGUUUGCAAAUGCUUCACAACAUAAUAAAGCAGAACCGGAAGAAAUUUAACAAAAUUCCUAUACUUCGAAAACUUCUCAAGGUGUUAGAAUUUCUUCGACUGAAGGAAAUACUUACCAUAGAGCACAUUAACAUGCCCCCUCCAUGUGCUGGAAUGGAAAGUUUUAAGGAGUCAAUAGUUGAACUGACAAGGCAUAAUGAUUCACAGGUCCAAGAAAUAGCAAAAAAGUUCCGAGAGAAAUGGAUUUUCGAACCCAUUAAACAAUUCUACUCAGACAGGGAUAACUGCAGGAUGGACUUGCAAGGUGGCUACUGCAAUCGAUUUUCAGUAUCCCAUAAGCAUUGGCACGAUCGGGGUUGGCAUGAUCGGGGCUCAAGGCACACGGAUGCAAUUCACUGUGUGCCAAUCCCACUUGAUGCCAAUAGCACUGGGGCGAUGUGUUCACUCCCAAUGCAACUGAGCAGUGCUGCACCCUCUACCGACAACAUGUUGAUGGAUGGGGCGAAGAAGACGCGCAAACGUAAAAGCCGGUGGGAUCAGCCGGCGGAGACUAAAUCAGAACCUCGACCUCCACAACAUGUCGAGGACCAAACAGCAGGAACGGAUUCAAAUUUGAAAAUGCAAGCUAGCCCAACACAACAAGAAAUCCAUGUUGAAAUGUUGAAUCAAAUUAGUGAAUGCCAGAGAGAAGAUGGGGCUACAAGGCAGGGCAUCAACGAUGAUGCGCCCCCGGGAUUUCCAUCUCCUUAUAACAACCCUCAGGUGCCCACCAAUGCUUCCUCAGCCGGAGUUUGUUGUCUUUGUCCAUCGCACGUUCCACAAUCAAGCAGUUCGUGUGAAGCGGUUGUGGCGCAUCCUCAGGCAAGGUACCUGUCUCACUUGCCCGUGUCAUAUGGUAUUCCGUUAGCCCUUGUGCAGCAGCUAGGGACACCCCAAGAAGCAGGAGAUGGGUGGGUAAUUGCACCAGGCAUACCUUUCCACCCUUUUCCACCGCUGCCGCCGUAUCCCCGCGGGCAAACCAAUCUGUCAUCUGCACCAUCAUCUGCUGCUAAUCGUAAUAGACUGGCAAAUGGGGCCAGAGAAGAAUCACAACAGGCUGGUGGCGACCAUGCAGACGCUGUCCAUUCAUGUGUUGCAUCGGAUGGGAGUCUGCCAGAGGUUGCAGUGAAUGGGGCCAAUGAUGCACAUACCCUGGGAAGGGUGAGGUGGCCAUCGGACAAUUUGGGAAGGAGGUUCUUCAGGCAGCAGAAGUGGAAUAAUAACCGGGAGCCCCGAAAAUGGCCCCCCUGGAUGCGGCCGAGGAAUGGUUGGGGAUUCAAAGGCAACAACCAUGUCAGAAAUGUAUCCAGUGUAGUAUGUGUAGGAAAUGCAGCAAAUGAGACUAGAGACCGCAGCAGCAGCAGCGGGUCCUAGAACACUAGCUACUUUCCAUCAACAACCACAGAAGCAACAGCAAUAUCAUCAUUGAUUGGAAGAAAACUAGAGCAACAGAUUGUUCCCCUCUCUGUAUUUUUCUCAAUUCUUUUCAACAGGUUAUUAUGAAAUGAAGUUUCCAAUUCAA